AAUCUUGGAAAGAACAAUUAUGGUUUGAAUACAGCUUUACAAACAAAUUUGGUUGAUUCACGAGGACGUAUUAUGAAAAAUGUCAAUUCGGUACCAAUUAAAGUACCAUCAUCUGCGGAAAUGAAAAAUGCCCGAACAAGACAUACCGCACGACAAGUUGAAAGUGAUGCGGACAAAGUAGUACCAAUCAAAUUCGGUUCAACUUCAACUUCUAGACGGCGUUAA